UGACUAAAGUGUCGUAGAAAACACGAUGCAGAACUUGGCGUCAAAAUGUUGUUAAGCGUUUUAAUAAGGUUCUUUACUCCGAAAAGAACUGAAAUCCGUCGAUGAAAAUUGAAUGCGAAACAGCGUUCGCCAGUCGAUAGCAGAUAUUAAUUAGGCGUGAGUUAAAUAUAAUCAAGUUUGUAAUACUCAUAGUGUUGGUGUCACGCUUGCUCGCCAGUUUUCCACAUCAAGAUCGGACGUGAUUGUCAUGCAAUUGGCAUGAGAAGCUCUAGUUUACAUAACAUAUUGAAAGGAAAAGGUAGACGUUCUCGUUAGAGCUCUCGUGUGAUCUGUAGGAUAAGUAAAUGUUGCAAGAGUAUGGCAAACAAAUGGCGCACAAUUCGCCACAAGUUCGCACGCGACGGGAACACGGAUUUCGAGACUAUCUCAUCGGAUGCCAGCGCAGAGCUCUGCGUUCGACUUCUUUCCUCGCCUUCAGUACAGAAUUUCUCCGGGAUUAAAGCCAAGUUGAAGUCUAGUCCCUCAGAAUGGAUUGAAGAUUUUCUAAGCCAUGCUGGAAUGGAAGUUCUUUUUGAGUGUCUCCGCAGACUGAGCAAUCGAAAAAUUGGGAUUGUCGAUGCAUUUCUUCAGCUUGAAUGUGUUCAGUGUAUAAAAGCGGUAAUGAAUUCAAAGGCUGGCCUUACAUGCAUUAUCGAGCACGGGGAGUAUUCGAGAAAACUCGUUAAAGCUCUGGACACGGACAACACCAUGAUCAAGAAGCAAGUAUUUGAGCUGCUGUCUGCGCUAUGCUUGUACUCAGAGCAGGGUUACCAACUGGCUAUCGACGCGCUAGAGAACUACAAGAUGACGAAAGGGCAGCGUUAUCGGUUCAGCCUUAUCGUGAACGAGUUAAAGAAUGCUGAGGUUGUGCCUUACAUGAGCGCGUGCUUGGCGUUCAUCAACACCAUUCUUAUCUCGACGGACGACUUCGACGAGCGCGUCAGGCUACGUAACGAGUUCGUAGGUCUCGGAUUGCUGGAUAUCCUUACUAAGCUAAGACACCUGGACGAUGACGACUUGGCAGUACAAAUCGACGUAUUCGAGGAAAGACGACUUGACGAUGACGACGAACUGAUGCUACCGGAAGGAGUCAACUUGACCAGUCACAUCGACGUCUUCCACGCCGUCUUCAAACGAGUCAGCGACAAACCCCAAGGGAUGAAUCUCUUGAGCAUACUUCAAAACUUCUUAAUGAUUGACGAGGAAUCCCCUAUCUCUGACCUGGUGUGGGAAACCAUCGAAAAGCUGGUCAAAAAGGCGGUACACAUCGAUACGCCGACCCAAGCAGAAGCAGUGGAGAGAGCCGGGGAAAACGAGAUCGUUAAUCUAACAUCAAAAUUCCUGUGCAAUGAUGCAGUUCUUCACGAGUCUUCCCUUCUACAGAGCAGUGAAGAGGUGAAAACAGCUCGUGUCGUUACCGAGAACAUUGUCACCCCUGUUACCGCAAGUGUAGCGGAACGCACCUCCAGCCAAGCCCUUACAAACGUACUCCAAGACAAUGCCAGGAAAUCGUCACCUUCAUCAGCACCUCCCCCACCUGCACCCCCUCCUCCUCCCAUUGGCGGCGGGGAUCCUACCAUCUGGGUGUCAGGCGGCCCACCACUGUCUGCUCCGCCUUCGUCAUCAACCCUAGGCCCUCCCCCUCCUGCACCACCUCCUCCUCCCCUUGGCAGGGACUCCGCCGCCGUUUUCAUGUUGACUGGGACGCCACUGACCAACACAUCAUCCGCUGCCAACGUGCCACCCCCGCCACCACCCCCAGCCGUUCCUGGAGAAGGUGCCCGGCCUCCACCGCCACCACCCCCAGCCGUUCCUGGAGCCCCUAAUCCACCACCAUUACCUGGAAUGUUUGGGGCUCCACCACCUCCCCCUCCGCCUCCCCCUCCCGGGGUACCAGGUGCCCCGCCUCCACCGCCACCUCCAGGACUUCCUGGCGUUCCACUACCUCCACCACUACCAGGAAUGGCUGGAGUAACCCUACCACCUCCAUUACCUGGAAUGACUGGAAUACCACCACCACCCGUUCCUGGAAUGCCUGGGGUACCCCCACCACCACCCGUUCCUGGAAUGCCUGGGGUACCCCCACCACCACCCGUUCCUGGAAUGCCUGGGGUACCACCACCACCACCCGUUCCUGGAAUGCCUGGGGCUCCACCUCCCCCACCAGCGCCAGGCAUGGGGGCUCCUCCUCCACCACCGCCGAUAGGAGGAGCACCGCGGCCACCCGGAGGUGUACCUCCACCACCUGGAGGAUUCACAGCAGCUGAUGGAAAGCAGUAUAAUAGGGCUACAAGCUGUCCCGUGGUACCCCCUGUUAAACCCAAGUCCAAAAUGCGGACCCUGGCCUGGCAAAAGCUCCCCCCGCAUAUCGUACAAAGGCAGCAGGGGUGCAUAUGGUCACGUGUGCUGUCCCUCGACAGCACCGUCCAGCCCGACUUUCAUCUGGAGGAAGAGCUGUUCUGCCAGAAAGUGGCAUCCAAAGAUCCCAAGAAGGACGACAAGAAAAAGAAACCUACCGAAAUAACUCUCUUAGAUCCAAAACGAAGUCUGAACUUGAACAUCUUCCUGAAGCAGUUUAAAAAGUCUAACGAAGAGAUCAUCUCAACAAUAGUCAAAGGUGACUCGAAAGUUUUCGAUGUCGACGUUCUCAAAGGAUUUAUUAAACUUCUUCCCGAUAACUCAGAGGUUGAGAUGCUGAAAGGUUUCAAUGGAGACACGAAGAUGCUCGGAAGUGCAGAGAAAUUUCUGAUAGAACUUAUAGCAGUGAAAAGCUAUGAGCUGCGUAUCAAUGCUAUGCUUCAAAAGGCGGAACUUGACAUCAACUUGCAGACGUUAAAGCCAAAUAUCGAAUGUAUGAAAAAGGCAAUUGAAGAAAUCUUGAACAGCGAGACUCUUCCGGAGGUCCUGCAGCUUAUUCUAAUCAUUGGCAACUUCAUGAACUCUGGUGGUUACGCCGGUAACGCAAUCGCGUUCAAAAUCAGCUCAUUGGUGAAGCUGGUGGACACACGUGCCAACAAGCCCCGGAUGAACCUCAUGCAUUUCUUGGUCAAUGUGGCUGAGGCAAAGCGAGAGGCGAUUCUCAGGUUCCCGGAUGACAUGAAACAUCUUGACAAAGCAGUCAGGCUCUCGUUGGAUCACCUAUCAGGUGAAGUCAAGACCAUCAAAUCUAACGUGACGACGCUGAAGAAGAAACUCGAGAAUGCCCCGAAUGACAUCAAGGAACAAUUUGAUGACUUCGUCGAGCAUGCAUUAGACGAGGUCGUCGUUCUGGAGGCCGGGGUCGAGGACAUAAACAACCUGAUCAAGAGGAUGGCGGAGUACUUCUGCGAAGACGCGAGUAAAGUCAAGCUGCAAGAAGUCUUCAUGCUCUUCAAGACUUUCUGCGAUCAGCUCACAAACGCAAGGAAGGAAAAUGAACAGUUCCGUGUUCAAGAGAAGAAAAAACAAGAACGAGAGAGGAGGAAAGCCGAGGAGGCUGCUAAACGGGAAGCAACAGGUGGCGGAAAGGGCAUCAAAGUCGGCAAACCACCUCCCGAGCAGGAAGAUGUGUGCAUAGUUGAUAAGCUACUGAGCGAGAUUCGUACUGGCUUCAAACUCAAGAAGUGUAGCUCUCCAACUCCUGGCAGCAAACCGAAAAGAAUGAGCUCAUUUUCGCGCGGGAAAAGUGUCGAAGGGACGAGAAGAUCAAUAAAGCGAGGUUCGUCAGCUGAACUGAAACCGAACUUAGAAAUAACCAAAGAAGACAUGGAGAAAAUAAACAAGCUUGUCUCUCCAGUGGAAUACCCAGAGGUCUUCGAAAACAACGAGAAAACAGCGGAAACUGACGGCUGCAACGAAGGCACAACACAGGAAGGAAAGGAAAGUGAGAAGCCCCGUGAUGCGAACAGUCUAGAGACAAAUUUAGAAAAUGAAAGCAGAGGCUUAGACGUCAUAACCACAACAGAACCUCAAGUAGUUCCCGAAGAGACCGAUAACAAUUUGCUACCGAGUACAGCUUCAGUGGAGAUGGAUUCGUCUUUGAACACAGAGGUUGAAUCGGAAAGCAAAGCGGAAAAUACGCAAGACAUUGAAGCAGAUUGCGAGAGCGAAGAUGUGGAAUCUAAAGAAAUGAAACGUGCUGACAUAAAGGAAGAGACUCGCGAUGGAUGUCGAGGAGAUGUAGGGUCAGGCGGUCAUCUAGAAGACCUUAAUAACCUGGCUGUCUGCUCUGAUGACAUUUUCCUUGCCGAGAAGGAGGCAGAGAGCGCUAGAAAGCUUGCGUACGAGCUGGAUGCGUCCCCAUGUGACCAAGGUGGCAGUGCCGAGGUGGCACAGGGUGUUGACACCUUGUCGUCACUCCCCGUGGGGGAAGAGGUGCUGGUUAAGAUGGACGAGUGUCUGGGUGACAUCGAGGAGAUGCUGGAGACGGAGACACUGAGGAGGACGAGGGAGUCUGGUGACCGCCUGGUGACGCCUGACUCCGGCGUGGACACCUCGCCUCCUGGUAACAAAGGGAAAGGACUAGAAGAUUCUAGUGAGUCCGAGAAAAAGCCCGAGGCACCGGAAAAACUCUUGAAUGAACUACUAAGUGAUCUAGCUAUCGAGCAGGAGCAUGUUAAUGAAUUGGUCGCCGAGGACGAGGAGAAAAGUAGGGAAGAUGUCAAAAAGGAACAUGACAAGAAAGGGUAUGUCGUUGUCGAGGCAACGGACGCCGUUGGGUGGGAUACAGAUAACUCGAUUGAGUCGCGAAAGACGGAUAAUACAGAAUCGGCGCAGAUAAUGGAAUCAUCUACGGAAACAGACCAGGGGGAGGAGCAAGGAGACACAUCCUUCAGGGAAACCCCCGAGGCCGUCGAGGAUCAGAAUGAAGCCAAGAUCGAGGAGUCUGGACCCGAGAAACCUCUUAACGAAACGUGUGACUUGGAGCAUGAUGGGAUACUUGACUCGCCCCAGGCUUCUUCUCCGCGUGAUAGCCCAAGUGAUCAUGAGACUCCAAAACCGAAAAGAAAUAGGUCUUUUGUGGCGCGAAGUCUCGCAAGGAUAUUUCACAGGAAAAAGCACCGAGAGGAUGAUAGUAGGACUACAAGUAACGAAGAACCGACAGCCCAGGGGUCGAGCACAGAUCGGGAGGCAAGGGGUGGAUCAGAGUCGCCAACAAAAAGAAAAGGAUUCUUUUCCAAACGCCGCAAGCACAGCCAAACCGCGUAAUUCGCCUGAGUUUGACCGCCCCUGACAUUUCCUAAAAAUCUGAACUGCCUCUCAUUAAGAUGCCAAACCACCUUAAAUUUCUAUGAAAGCCAAACCGCCUAGCAUUUCUUGGAAGUCAAACUGUCUACAGUUUCUAGGACGCCAAUGCUUAAAUAUACUUACUACACAGAUGGAAUAAAGAUAAGAAUAUAUGAAUUUUGUAUGUAUAAAUACAAAAAGCCCAAAUAGUCGUGUUCGUGAACCAGAAUAAUGAUAGGAUAAACCAAAAACUGGUAUUCGAAUUUUUGUAUUUAAUAAGACUUCUUCACAGAAGUCUGUCAGGCGAUCGUUGACCAUGGACAGUUGUAAAGACAAUUUAAACUAUUGUUUAUAGCGUCUUUACCUUUUAAAAGGGUACCCCCUUCCUCACCCCCUAACAAAUCCAGCCCACCGGUCUGCUCAACGACUGUCGACAUUAUCUCUCUCAUGCGAUUUAAAAAAUUCCGACUCUCCUGGUGCUAAGUAAAUAGGGUUGCUAUUCCCACCCCUCACAAAAGUCUUAUUAAAGACGAAAAUUUGGCAAAGUCGAAUACGAGUUUUUGGUGUAUUGAAUUUUGUAUGUGAUAUAAUUGAGAAAAUGCAUCAUUUUCUGAACGUUGAACUUUCGUUGUACUUGAUCCAGAUCAGAUAUCUUCUGGAUUCAAUUUCCAAGAAGCCGUUGUUUAAAUAUACUCAAUACACGCAGAUAGAAUUUUGUAUGUGAUAUAGCAAUGUGUAGAUGCAUCAUUUUCUAUACGUUUACCUUUCGUUUUACUUCAUCCAGACGGGACAUCUUCUGGAUGUUUUUAAACAGGAUUGUACUAUAGUAUAUAAGUCAAAUAGGCAACAUAAUUGCGUAAUAAAAAUAAAAACAGAUUUAUUUUUA